AUGCUUCGAGCGACGAUCGAUUCGACGCCGUCGAGCGAUGCGUCGGGUGUGGUGCGCUACGAGGUGCGUACGUCCACGAAUUUACCGACGUACGUGGCGAAGAAACGACGAGAGGCGAGUGGGGAGAGAGAUUGCGAGGUGGACGAGGCGGAGGCGCGGGACGACGUCGACGACGACGACGACGACGCGUCGACGGCCCCCGCGGUGGAGUUCACGACGCGAAGACGAUAUCGUGAAUUCGCGAGUUUACACGAGAGUCUCACGAAACCACCGGUGAACGCGCGAUUACCGCCGAUGCCGAUGAAAAGAAUUUUGUCGAGCUCGACGGCGACGACGAGCGAGCGAGUAGAGCAGUUUCAAUUUUUACUCGACGCCGUGGCGAGGGAUCACGUGUUGAGAGAGUGCGAGGUCGUCGUGGAUUUUCUCACGGGUGGGAAUUCGACGAGGAUGAGUCGUUCGGAGGCGUCGAUGAAUCCGCAACCUCAGGUUUCGUCGACGGCGACGCCGUCGGAGCCUCCUCGGCGGUCGCCGUCGCCGGACGCUUGGAUGGACGAGGGACCGGUCGAGUUAGACGCUGAUCGCGAUCGAGGUUCGUUGGACCGUUUAAUGCGUUCGACCAUGCUCGUUCAUCGCGGAAAGGAGGACAGGAACGAGGAGGGGAAGACUAUCAACGCGACACCGAGAGAGGCGUCCGACGACGGCGACGCGUUCGCGACAGAGGAGAUGACGACGACGACGACGACGACGACGACAACCGUGAGGGCGAUGACGUCGAUCGGUACGACGAAUGAUCCAUCAUCCACGCGAACACCGUUCGAACGCGGACCGCCGACGUGUUCAAAUUACGAAAGCACCGUCUCUGGCGCGCGAGAGGCGAUCAAGGCGAAUGACGCCGACGGUUUGGCCUCGGUGCUCUCCGCGGAUUCGUUCGACGUCAACGUCAAGGACUCAUCGGGGAUGACGCUCCUACACCUCGCAUGCUUGUUGAAUCGCAAAUCUGCGGUGGAGAUCUUGAUCGAGCGCGGUGGAGACCCGGAAAUCGUCAACGCCCAAGGCGAGUCCGCGAUCGAGUGCGCGCCGGCGACGCUCGGGUUUUGGAUCGAGCGCGAGACUUUAAAAAAUCGUAAAAAAUAG